GCGAGGAGGAAGCACAUCCGCCUGCACAUGGAGGGGACGCUGACGGCCCGGGACAAGGUCGGGGUACAGGACUUUGUACUCCUGGACGCCUACACCAGCGAGUCUGCCUUCGUGGACAAUCUCCGCAAGCGCUUCAGCGAGAACCUCAUCUAUACGUACAUUGGGACCCUCCUUGUGUCCGUGAACCCCUACCAAGAGCUGGGAAUCUACACUGUGAGCCAGAUGGAGCUUUACCAAGGGGUCAAUUUCUUCGAACUGCCACCCCAUGUCUACGCCAUCGCUGACAACGCUUACCGGAUGAUGUGCUCCGAGCUAAAUAACCACUUUAUCUUCAUUUCUGGAGAGAGCGGGGCAGGGAAAACGGAGGCCUCCAAGAAGAUCCUCCAGUAUUUCGCAGUGACCUGCCCAAUGACCGAGUCACUCCAAAUAGCCCGCGACCGGCUGCUGCUCUCCAACCCGGUGCUGGAGGCUUUUGGAAAUGCCAAAACACUCCGGAACGACAACUCCAGCAGAUUUGGAAAAUACAUGGACAUCCAGUUUGACUUUCAGGGCGUCCCAGUCGGUGGACACAUCAUCAGUUACUUAAUAGAAAAGUCUCGAGUCGUCUAUCAAAACCACGGGGAGCGGAAUUUCCAUAUCUUCUACCAGCUGCUGGCCGGUGGGGACGCGGAACGCCUCUCCUCCCUCGGCCUUGAGCAGGACCCCCAGCUGUAUAAGUACCUCUCACAGGGGCAUUGUGCCAAAGAGUCAUCUAUCAACGACAAGAAUGACUGGAAGACUGUUUCCAAUGCCUUUUCUGUCAUUGAUUUCACCAGAGCUGACCUCGAGAACCUCUUUGGAAUCAUCGCCAGUGUCCUGCACCUGGGGAACAUUUGUUUCACGGAGGACAAACAAGGCGGUGCCACCGUGCCAGACACCCACGAGAUCAAGUGGAUCGCCAAGCUCCUGGGGGUCUGCCCAUCGGUUCUGCUGGAAGCUCUUACCCACAGAAAGAUUGAAGCCAAAACAGAGGAGGUGAUCUGCCCACUCACGGUGGAACUGUCUGUCUAUUCAAGGGACGCCAUGGCCAAGGCUGUUUACGGACGGACAUUUACUUGGUUGGUGAGCAAGAUCAAUUCCUCCUUAGUCAACAAGGAUAUCACCCAAAAAACCGUGAUUGGAUUGCUUGAUAUCUACGGGUUCGAAGUCUUUGACAAGAACGGUUUUGAACAGUUCUGUAUCAAUUACUGCAACGAGAAGCUCCAACAACUGCUGAUAGAGAGGACUCUGAAAGCAGAGCAGGCCGAGUAUGAGGUGGAAGGAAUUGAGUGGGAGCCCAUUCAGUACCUCAACAACAAGAUCAUCUGUGAUUUGGUAGAAGAAAGGCACAAAGGAAUUAUCUCCAUUCUGGAUGAAGAAUGUAUCCGUCCUGGUCCCGCCACAGACUUGAGUUUCCUGGAGAAACUGGAGGAGAAAGUGGGCAGGCAUGCACACUUCCAAACACGGAAGCUGGCCGGUGCCAAGGGCCGGAAGAGGAUCGGCUGGCUGGAGUUCCGCCUCCUCCACUACGCAGGGGAGGUCACCUACUGCACCAAGGGAUUUUUGGAAAAAAAUAAUGACCUGCUUUAUAGACACCUGAAAGAAGUGCUGUGCCGCUCCAAGAACAGCAUCCUGAGGGAAUGCUUCCUGGUGGCUGAGCUGGAGAACCGGAGGAGACAGCCCACGGUGGGGACUCAGUUCAAGAACAGUCUGAGCAGCCUCUUGGAAAUUCUCAUCUCCAAGGAGCCUUCGUACAUCCGCUGCAUCAAGCCCAACGAGAGCAAAGAACCCAGCAAGUUCGACGACUUCCUCAUAAGACAUCAGAUCAAGUACCUGGGGCUCAUGGAGCAUCUGCGGGUGAGGCGGGCUGGCUUUGCCUACCGCCGGAAGUACGAGCAUUUCCUGCAGCGGUACAAGUCCUUGUGCCCAGACACCUGGCCACACUGGCACGGGCCCCCUGGGGAAGGCGUGAAAUGCCUGAUCAAGUACAUCGGCUACAAACCCGAGGAGUACAAGUUAGGAAAAACCAAAAUAUUCAUUCGUUUCCCCAGAACUCUGUUUGCUACUGAAGAUGCCUUUGAAUUUAGUAAACAUCAAUUAGUUGCGAGAAUCCAAGCGACGUACAAAGGCUGCCUCGCACGGAGAGAAUACAUGAGAAAGAGACAAGCAGCCACCAAGCUGGAAGCCCACUGGCGGGGAGCGCUGGCUCGGAAGGAGAUCAAGAGGAGAAGGUGGGCUGUGCAGAUCAUAAGGAGGUUUAUCAAGGGAUUCAUCAAUCGUGACAAACCCCUCUGUCCAGACAACGAGGAGUUUGUAGUGUUUGUGCGGAAGAAUUACAUCUUGAAUCUUCGGUACCAUGUUCCAAAGAAUGUUCUGGACAAGAGCUGGCUGAGGCCUCCCGGCAUUCUAGAAAAUGCCUCGGAUCUGCUCAGGAAGAUGUGCAUGAGGAAUCUGGUUCGCAAGUACUGCCGCGGGGUCUCGGCCGAGCGCAAAGCCAUGAUGCAACAAAAGGUGGUAACGAGCGACAUAUUCCGAGGAAAGAAAGAUGGCUAUGCAGAGAGUUUAAACCAACCCUUUGCCCACAGCCGGCUAGAUGAAGGAGACAUCAAUCCCAAAGUGCUUCAACUAAUUGGCAAUGAGAAGAUUCAGUACGGCGUCCCCGUUAUCAAGUACGACAGGAAAGGCUUCAAGGCGCGGCAGCGACAACUCCUCCUCACUCAGAGAGCGGCUUACGUGGUGGAACUUGCCAAAAUCAAGCAGAAAGUAGACUUCUCGGCGCUCAGAGGUGUCUCCACCAGCAGUCUGAGUGACGGAUUCCUGGUCAUUCACGUUUCACCGGAGGACAAGCAGCAAAAGGGGGACAUCAUUUUACAGUGUGAGCAUAUAUUUGAAGUGGUUACUAAACUCGCCAUGCUGGCUAAGAAGGAGUGCAUGGUCAAUGUUGUCCAAGGAAGUUUACAGUUUUAUGUCAGUCCUGGGAAGGAAGGGACAAUAGUUUUUGACACUGGACCAGAAGAACAAGUCUAUAAAGAUAAAAAUGGACAGUUAACAGUGGUGUCGGUCCGGAGGAAGUCCUGA